AAUAAGUGUAUUUUGGCAAUAAAACUACUUUCAUUUCCAAUUCAUGAUAAUUUAAUAAACAACUUUAAUGAGAAUUCGGAUUCCAACUCCUCAGUUCAAUUCAUCCUAACCCGAUUACGGAUUAGUAAAUGUGCUAUUAGGGUAAUUUGGACUAUCGCUUGGAUUGAUUAAUUUUUUUUCUUUUUUUAAUUAGCAAAAGUAUGUUGAAGAAAACCCUAAUUAGAGGCUGUUAAUGUGAAAUGUGGGUUAAUGAUGAAGUUGUAAAUAGUAAGGGUAAAGGCUGAGGCACCGCAUGGUGGUACCAUUCAGGUGGGAACGUAUGGCGGGUGGCACAAAAUCCGGAGUGAGGGCUAAGAAAGUAGCGGCACGCGGUUUUGUUUUCUUGUUUCUUUUAAUCCGUCUCCUUUAUUGCACUCUCUCUAAAACUGCCUCUCCAUCUCUUUGGAUUCUUUUCUCUUCCUAUCUCUCUCUUACUUAAUGAGGGAUGAGAUUCGGAUUAAAACCCCACUACUCUCAGAAAAAUAAAAUAAAACCCGAGGAAAAAACCAUUUGAACUUAUCUAUAAAAAAUAAAAAAAACCCAAAAAAAAUAAAAAGAGAGAAAAAGAAAUAAACAGAAGUGGGUGCAAAUACAAUGAAACCUCCCAGAACAAACCAGAACACACAUGGGGGCUGUUGAGCUUUUUCCCUCCAUUUAAGCGUGCGUGCUCUCAUUCUUGGAGAGGCUCCUGCUCUGUUUGUCUUGCCCUCGCCGGACUUUUGCAGAAAGAGUCGGUGGUUUUGGUAAUCUCCUCUCUGGUUUUCUGUUAAUCUCGGUCUUAGCGCAGAGAUUUAGUGUUUGGAGAGGUCGAUGUUCUGAGAUAAUGACCCAGUUAAAUAUCAACAGAUUCAUGGGUUAGAGAGCAGUGACGUCGCCUUCUGUGGUGAGAGUAUCAGAUGCUUUAUGUUGCUUCUUUAUGUUGCUUCUGUGUGAGGGUUUGAUACCAAAAGCGGGCCCUUUCACUCUUUUGCUUCCAUAAUCCAAUACAAUCUUCUUUCUCUCUAUCUCUUUGCACUUAUCCGUACACAGAAGCAGAAAAUAACUUAAACCCUUCUCUCUCUCUCCACUAUCUCUUUCACAAAAAUAUCUGAUACCAACAGAAAGGGAAAAAAAGAUCAGUUAUUUGAGUAAAAAAAAUGAAGGGGAAGCAAGUUCAAGUUCAUCAUCAUCAAGAUCUGCAUGCAGGAGAUCUUCAUCAUCACCACAUGAAAGAUGCAAAUAUUCCAAUCUCAGAUGGGUUUGGUGGUGGUGGUGCCAUGGAGGAACUGGAAGAUCAGGAGGAUAAUUUGGGUGUGGACCCAAGUGAGAUGUGGCUUGAUGACAAUGACCAAGAAACUGCUCUCCUUGCUGAUGUCAAUGACCCUUCCAUUUUCUACAAUGACCACUUCCCUCCUCUCCCUGACUUCCCAUGCAUGUCAUCUUCUUCCUCCUCAUCUUCAACCCCUGCACCGGUCAAGUCGGCCACUUCAUCGUCCACCUCGUCUUCGGUCUCCUCGUCCUCCUCCGCGGCCUCCUGGGCCAUCUUGAGAUCGGACGCGGAGGAAGAUGGGGAGAGAAGGCACCACCAUAACAGUUACAACCACCUCCACCAGUACUCACAGGGUGAUGAUCAGGCGGUUGAUGCGCAUGCCUUGUCCUCCACCGCCUCGAUGGAGAUCUCUCAGCCGUCGGAUCUCAGCAGGGAAGGCGGAGCCAUGGAUUGCAUGGGUGCGAUGGAGACUUUUGGGUACAUGGAUCUGUUCGAGUCCAAUGAGUUUUUUGACCCCUCCUCCAUUUUCCAAAGUGACAGCCUUUUAAUGGAGCAGUUUCAACAAGAUGACGACCACCAGCAAUUACUAGCGCCCCACCAAUUACAAGACCCUAAUGAAGCCACUGCAAUUAUUCCUCAACAACAACAAGAACAGGAAGUUGCAGUUCGUGAUGAGGAGAAUAACAAGGAGGAUGAUCAGAAUGAGAACAAGGAGCCGGACGACAUGGCCAUGGUGUUCUUGGAGUGGCUGAGGUCAAACAGAGAGACGGUCUCCGCUGAAGACUUGAGAAGUGUGAAGAUCAAGAAGUCGACAAUCGAGUGCGCGGCCAGGCGGUUGGGGGGAGGUAAAGAGGCCAUGAAGCAGUUGCUUAAACUUGUGCUUGAGUGGGUUCAGACCAACCAUCUCCAAAAGAGGCGCAGUAAUAGUCUUACCACCAAAGACGCCGAUAUUGUUGCCCAAGACCCUUUUCAAAACCCUAACCCUAACACAAGCCCUAGAGUUCUUGAAUCAAACCCUUCUUGUAGUUUCACCCAAACUCCUUGGAUGGCACCGCCGCCACAUGCAGCCUAUGAUCAGGCCGGGGGAAUCCUUGUCCCCACUCCGCCUCCGGCAGCUUACCCUUCCAUGAUGGGGUACAUAGCGCCUGACCAGUAUGUUAACGGGCCAGGUCCAUACCAACCAUCACCGGAAUAUCAUCACAUGAUUGACUCUGGGCAACCUACCUGGCCGUCGUCUCCGUUCGGCAUGGGAACGGCCCAUUACGGGUCGUUCCCGGACAAUAACAUUCACCUAGCCCCUCCUCCACAGCAUCAUCCCCAGGCUUUUGCCGGGUAUGGAAGUCAAUACCAGCCUUACCAAUAUUUUCCAUUGAAUGGUGAGCAUCAAUUGAUGAGGUUAGGGUCUUCAGCUACGAAAGAGGCGAGGAAGAAGAGGAUGGCGAGGCAGAGACGGCUUGUGUCACACCAUAGGCAUGGACAUCAGCAGCAGCAGCACCUUAAUGCUCAAAUGCCGGAUCAUCUCCUUCAUCAGCAGCACACAAGGCUUGUUGGGAACGCAGCCGAUCUGAAUUGCACUAAUACUGUGCCACUACAAGCCAAUCCGGGCAACUGGUUUUACUGGCCCACUGCUACUGCGGCCCCGUCCCAAUCCCCGGCCAUGAUGCCUAGCAUUACACAAGAGGCUGCACCGCCUCCUCCCUUGCAGCAGAUGGAUCGGCCGGCUAGUACUCAAGCACAGAAUUACAAUCAGGGGCGUAGUAGUGCUGCACAGGAAAGGCAGGAGAGGCGCCAGGGAUGGAAAUCUGAGAAGAAUUUGAAGUUUCUUCUGCAGAAGGUGUUGAAGCAGAGCGAUGUGGGUAGUCUUGGAAGGAUUGUGUUACCAAAAAAGGAAGCAGAAACCCAUCUUCCAGAACUGGAGGCAAGAGAUGGGAUUUCCAUCCCAAUGGAAGACAUUGGGACUUCUCACGUGUGGAACAUGCGCUACAGUUUCAGGUACUGGCCCAACAAUAAAAGCAGGAUGUAUCUCCUAGAAAACACAGGAGAUUUUGUGAGAGCCAAUGGACUCCAAGAAGGGGACUUCAUAGUCAUCUACUCAGACGUGAAAUGUAACAAAUAUAUGAUACGAGGAGUGAAGGUACGGCACGCCGGGGCAAAAUCAGAGGGCAACAAAAGGCCGGGAAAGUCGCAAAGGAACCAGCAUGCAAGCACUCCAGCUGGCACUAAUGGUUCGUCACCUUCCUCAGCCUCAGCCUCAGCCACACACAAGAAACAGUAAAGUGAGAGACAAGCAAAGCAAGCAAACGAAAUCGAAACAGAAGGCCACAUCUUCCUACUUUGUUUUUCUCUCUCUUCCAUGCUCGAAAAUGGAUGGGCAGAUGGACGGUAAAGAAUAGCCUGGGGGAUUGUUGAAGCUCCUCCUCAUCGUUAAUUGGUCGAUUUUCUCUCCAGUCAAAGUCAAUGUAGAUUACUGUCUCCAAAAGCGAUCACACUGCGUUUUGAAAAUAUUCAAGCUUUUUUGCGCAGGUUGGUUCAGUCGGUAUGGCAGGGCUUUUGGUUUUAGAGAUGAAAAAAAAAAACCAUCUGACGUAUAGAGGGUUCAAAAUAGUGUAUGAUUAUAUAUAUAUAUAUAUAUGUGUGUGUGUGUGUUUUGGGGUUGCAGUGUCAAAAUGUGACCCCAAUUAAGUGUUAAUUAGUGGGUGUUGUGUUUUGUUAAUUAUUGAUGUUGUAUUUUGUAGAACUUAAUUCGUAAAUCAUGUAUAUGAGAAGGGAUGUAUAAUGCUCGCUCAUUCAUUAUGUAUAUGUAUGUAUGUACUAAAAAAAUUUCAAAAUCAUGUUUGCAUUGCUGCAUGUGGUUAAAUUAAUUAUAAAUUG